AUGGCAUCUUCGCCAGGGACACAGGAAAAACACGGUCUUUUCCCACUCUAUAGUCCAAAGAGUCACGGUCGCGGGGCGCAAGAUAUUUAUGUCGAUAUUGUGGCAAUCCACGGUCUUGGCGGAGACGCUUUCAAAACAUGGACCGAUCAUGGCGGCCAUCUCUGGCUGCGGGACUCACUGCCGCAGCACAUCCCCCAAGCCCGGAUCAUGACAUAUGGAUACGACUCCGCUGUGGUUUUUGCAAAGUCGAAAAUGGGGGUUAGCGACUUCGCCGCCGACCUGCUGAAUCGACUUCGUCUUGCUCGUAUGCAACGCCACGAACAGUCACGGCCCUUCAUCGCCAUCUGCCACAGCCUGGGCGGCGUGGUGUUCAAAGAGAUGCUCAUCCAGGCCACCCUUAACUCCGAGGAGCAUGGGAACAUUGCGCAGCAUAUCAAAGGCGUCGUAUUCUUGGGUACUCCACAUCGUGGCUCAAGAUCAGCAUCUCAUGCCCAGUUGAUAUCACGCAUCAUCAACAUGGCGAGUCUGGGCCGCGGUGUCCGCACUGAACUCCUCCGGACCUUGGAGAUAUCCUCUGGAGAGCUAGAGACCAUCUCAAGGCAUGCAGUCCAGCUCUUGAGCAAGUUUCCCAUUGUAUCCUUCUAUGAGAGGAAACCCCUCGGACCGAGUCUGAUAGUCGAGUCCUUUUCUGCAAUUCUCGGCCUGCCCAACGAACGCUCCGUGCCCAUCAAUGCCGACCAUCGGAAGAUGGCUCGAGUCUCCCCUCGAAAGGAAAACCGGUAUCUUCCCGUCUGGGCAGCGGUAAAGGAGCUAGCUGAAGUUAAAGCUCCCGAACAACCUCAACCAAGUCCCGACAUGGACUGGGGUUAUUAUGGCAACAGUGAGCUUCUCGGUCGACUCUUCUGCGUCGACUACACAAAUGCACAGUUGCGUUCCGCUCAGGCCCACGAGGGGACCUGCGACUGGAUAUUCCAUGAUCCCACCUAUCUCUCGUGGGUAAACUCCAUGGGCUCACGAAUUCUCUUAUUCUCCGGGGGUCCCGGCACGGGAAAGAGCGUCAUGACGCGAUUCCUCGUCGAGACUGUGUUAUCGGGCAGCGACCAGUCUGGGUUUGCCUUGGGCUACCAGGGCAUUAGCUUCUUUUGUUCAUACCUGGAUGUCCUCCAAACUGGCGCGGAAACAGUCCUUCGGUCGCUCCUUCACCAACUGCUUCAAGUCAACCCUCGCGCUGAAGCCCUAGUCAAGAACCGGCUUCAAAGGCGGACCCCAUACGGUUUGUCCUACUCUUUCGACAAAGAGCGUCUUUGGGGCGCCCUCCGAGAAGUGCUUGCUAUGGACACUAUGGGUCGCACUUUUAUUGCCAUCGAUGCCCUAGAAGAGUUAGGACCAACCGUAGCUGUCUCUAUCCUCGGUGGGUUAUGGGAGAUCAUGACAUAUCUGGCAAAAGAGCGACCGCGUCACCGGGUCCGCGUCUUCGCUUCGAGCCGGCAUAACCCAACCUACGCCUCUACCGUUCCCUCUCUCAGCGUGUUGAGGGUUCCUCUACAAAAGGUUUCGCAGGGCAUCAAAAUCUAUCUCCAAGAUAAUGUCGACCGGCUGGCGGCCACCAAUACAGGGUUCAACGCCAGCGCCGACCAGGCCACUCGCUUCGAGAUUGUGAAUACCAUCUCUGAUCGGGCUAGUGGCAUGUUCCUAUGGGCUAGGAUUGUCUGGGAUGACUUUCGCCGGGGACUUCUUUGGAACGAGGACAUCAUCCGCCAGAGGUUGGCGAAGAUUAACAAAGGAUCUUCCAGCAUCACCUCCGUGUACGACAAGCUCAUGGACCAGAUUGACCCGUCCGUACAGGACGAAGUCUGGCUCAUACUUUCCAUCCUUUCCAUCGCAGCGCGGCCAAUGAGAAUGGAUGAACUCGCAAUCGUGCUCGGCUUGUCUCAGACAGAUGGCCGGGUUGUUAGAUCGACGGACCUGAGUCGUAUCCAGGGUCUGGAGAACGUUAUCGCGGAGAAUCUCCCCGACAUCACCACCUUUCACGAUGAUCACACUGUCUCGUUUUCCCAUUUUUCGUUCGAGGAAUAUCUCCGCACUACUUGGAAACAGAAACACCCUGAAAUACUCACCAAGGCAGAACGGGUGAUAAAAUACCCGUUCUUGGCGUACUCGAGAGCGUAUUUGUAUCAUCACCUACGCAAGAUGCCCCCGGACGACUCGCUUUGGCUUCUCUUCGCUGACCUUGCCGGAAAAUCCGGCCCGUUUUAUUGCGGGCUGCUCGGGGAUGAACUUGUCUGGAUAAUGACUGACAGAUACUCUCGGACCAGCGGUUCCCCUCUGCUAGCAGUCCUUGACAUCAAUUCGGUUAAAUUUCCCGUCAUGGAAACACUGAUCCGUAAUUUUGCGGCCCAUGGGUAUGACAUGAAUGAGUUCUGGCAGGGACCAAGUAACGAGGGCGGCCCUCUCUAUCGGUGUUGCUGGGCGCUCAGUGCUUGGCCAGCAUUUGGUGACAUAGCCAUCUUGUUGUUGAGACUCGGGGCGGAUCCCCGGCUCCCCAGGGGCAAGUUCAAGUCGGGCCUCGAGUAUGUUGUGGAAGCAGGGAGAUGGGAUGUUUUUGAUGUCAUGGUCAGCCACCCGAGGUUCGAUGCCGCCCAGCAGGACGGCCGAGGCCGGUGUCUAGUGCACUACCUAGUCGGCCAUGCCACCUCUGAGAGACUCGAGCGACUCCUAGAGGACGUCUCGGUCGAUCCCAACAUUCAAGACAGCGCUGGCGAUACUCCCAUACACCUGGCUGCCUCGGCUGGGAACACAGCCAUGGUCCGGGCGCUCCUGAAUGUGCCUGGGAUCAGGCUCGACUUGACGGAUAGUCACGGCCGAACCCCCCUCGGCAUCACUACUUACUGGGGCAUGCAGAGCACGGCACUAUGCUUCCUCGAACACAGCCAAGCAUUUCCAAUCCCCGAAGAGGGCCAGCUGAGCGCUCUCUGCUUUGCCGCAAAACACGGCGACCGUGACUUAUGUCUCCGACUUCUCGAGAAAUGCCACUACGAACACCUGCAUCUCCAUGUCGACGCGUCCGGGAAAGGCAUCCUUCAUCUCACAGCCAUGAAUGACUGGAGCGACAUCCUCCACCAAUGUCUGAGGAAAGGCGAUGCCAACCUCAACGUCAACCACAUCGACCACUCCGGCGGCACCGCGCUACACGCAGCAGCGCGGCUAGGCAACACCGCGAGCUGCCGGGUCCUCGUAGAGCACGGGGCCAACUUACAACUCCAAGACCGGCUCGGCCGAACCGCGGCCCAAGUCGUGGCCGACGCGGGAUUCCGGGAUACGAUCAUGGUCUUGCUCCGAAGCGGUCGCGUAGACCCGAACCAGCGAGACCAUCAGGGAAGGAAUCUCGUACACUGGGCAGCCACCUUGGAUUGUGUCGAUGUGAUGGAACUCGUUCUGGCCGCUCCGGGCGUUGAGUUGGCCCGUCAUGACAGUAACGGGGCGAUGCCUAUUGAUAUCGCAAAGCGAUGCAUGUCAGCCAGGGUUGGGAAGUAUCUGGGCCGGCAAAUGCAGCGCCGCGGCAUAGAGCUUCCCUAUUGGUGCGUGGGAUUCAGAUGGGAUAUGCUGUACAACAGCCCGGAGGUGGAAGCCGAGGAAGAACGUGAAUACAAAGGGGCGGAGCCAUUUGGCUCAGGAGGCUGGCUCCCCAAACAGCAGAACGGUCUUGCGGAAUGGACAGAGGUCCAUAGGAAGUACCCGGAGGAGUUGUGGGGACUUUGCGUCGUUUCAAGUCAACGUCGGGAAAGGGACUCCGAUUGA